UAAAAAGUGAUUGUGGCUCCUAUUUUAAUUAGAGUCUGCUUUACUUUACCACACAACCGUCUCUUCCGUCGUGAUCACACACACUCUGUCAUUUUCCGCUUCACAAAUUACUAUUUCUCUUCUUCUUUAUUCCUUUCUUCCAACUUCUUCAUUCUCUUUUUUUUCUUCUUCUUGAAAAAUAUAUAUUAAUUUUGAAGGCAACCAUGAUAGAGUAACUAGAGCAUGGCUCCUCCACCUGCAAAACUUUCUGGGUUUCAUCGUCAAGAUCAUAACUGGUAUAGUGAUGCUGGAUUGCCUAGUGAUAUUACUGUAUCAAUUGAAGGUGUCAAUUUCCAUCUUCAUAAGUUUCCUCUUGUUUCAAAAUGUGGGAAAAUUGCGCGGAAAUAUGACGAUUCCAAGAAUACGAAUCAGAAGAACCUGACAAUGGUGCUGGAAGAAUUUCCCGGGGGUCCUGACAUUUUCUUGAUUGUGGCUAAAUUCUGUUAUGGGUUUCGUGUGGAGCUGACAGCGAAAAACGUAGUGCUGGUCCACUGUGCCGCGGAAUAUCUUGAAAUGACGGAUGAAUACGAAGAAUCGAACUUGUUGACGAAAUCUGAGAGUUUUUUCCACAAGAAUAUAUUGCGUAAUUGGAAAGAUUGUAUUUUGGCUCUUCAAAGUUCUGAGCCUAUUCUGUCAAGAAUUGAAAAUCUCCAUUUAGUGGAUAAGUGUUUAAAUGCGCUAUCGAUGAUGGCUUGCACGGACCCGAGUUUAUUUGGAUGGCCGAUGAUGAUGUAUGGGAGUUUUCAGAGCCCUGGCGGAAGCAUUCUUUGGAACGGUAUAAAUACUGGCGCUAGGAUUCGAACCUCGGAAUCUGAGUGGUGGUUUGAAGAUAUCUCGUAUCUCAGCGUCAGUUUGUUUGAGAGGCUUAUUAAGACGAUGCGGGCGAGAGGUAUGAGACCCGAAAGUCUAGCAGGCGCUAUAAUGUAUUAUUCCAGGAAGCACUUGCCAGGUCUAGGUCGGUGGCAGGGUAGACAAGGUGGAAAAACAAGAACAGUUGCAAGCUUUAGCUUGACGCCUGCUAGUGGUACCACCAUUGAUCAAAAGGAUCUUUUGGAAAGCAUCGAAAAACUUCUUCCUCAAAAGAAGGGAAAAUCUUUCUGUCGUUUCCUGCUCGGACUUCUUCGUGUAGCUUCGAUAUUGAAUGUCAGUGAAACUUGCAAGGAGUCUUUAGAGAAGAGAAUAGGGAUGCAAUUGGAACUGGCAACUUUAGAUAGUCUUCUCAUCCCAGCUUAUGCAGAUUCCGAUGCUUUAUAUAACACAGACUGUAUUGAACAUAUCGUUCAUCAUUUUGUUCGUACGGAAUCAAAUUUAUCUGCCUUUUCUCCUUCGUCACUCGAUCCACAAGCAUCAUCGUCAUUGUCUGAAUCAUUAAGGAAAGUCGCGAAGCUGAUAGAUAGCUAUAUUGCCGAAAUUGCAUCUGAUGUUAAUUUAAAACCAGGAAAGUUACGCUCGCUUGCACAGGCCCUGCCUGAGUCAUCGAGAUCAUUGCAUGACGGAAUCUACAGAGCACUAGACAUUUAUUUCAAGGCUCAUCCUUGGCUCUCUGAUAGUGAGAAGGAAGAACUAUCUAACAUCAUUGACUGUCAAAAACUCUCAAUCCAUGCCUGUGCUCAUGCAUCCCAAAAUGAAAGGUUACCCCUAAGAGUUGUUCUCCAAGUGUUAUUCUUUGAACAGCAACAUUUGAGAACAUCAUUAGCUGGAUGUGUCAAUGCUUUAGGCAGCGAGAGCGCUCCAGCUCCAGCGGCUCGUGUGACUGCUCGAGGGGAUACCGCCAGCGAAAUUGUACAAAGAGACGGAUGGGUUGCUGUUGUGCGCGAAAACCAGGUUUUGAAAAAGGAUAUGGAUAGAAUGAGUACUAGAGUCGGAGAACUUGUAGAAGAAUUCACUAAAAUAAAACAGGAAAUGAAAACCGUGACAAAAUCUCACAGUGCUCGCGAUUCUCCUCGGUUAUUCGCGAGGAAAAUCGGAUGCAAACUUGUUCCUAGAUUUUCAGAUGCUCAACCAGAGUCCCUUGAUCGUUCCUUUGAUCGUUCAUUAUGCACGCCGAGAGCAUCCAUUGAGCGUGCACGCCGUUCUCACAAGUCUAGACACACCGAAAGUUUUUCUUGAGAAUCAAGAAACCAUAGUUCCUCUUUAUUUUCAUUUUUACUUACAUAUUUAUACCCAAGAAAGUGUUGUUUGGUUUCAAUUUUUUUUGUAAGUGGGAAAGGGAAGGAAAAUGUUUAUCAUUCCAUUAUGCUUUUUCAUUUAAGCAAUUUACAUAUGUGAACAUUUUCCAUUUCUUUCCCAUGUGUAAAGUUGAGUUUAACUUUGUACAUUUUUUAUAGAUUUUCAGAUAUUGGCAAUGAAAAUUGAUAUUUUUUUGCUGUCAAAAAGAGAAUAUUGAAGAUGUAAAGUUUAGAGCUUCCAAAUUAAUGUAAUUGACCAUGAACUUUAUUAGUUGUGAUACUAACAUUUUUUAUUUGAUUUAAUAUAGUUUAUAUGAAUGAAAGAUGUUGCAUUAUCUGUAUAGUUGUAGUUAAAUUUUCUUUUUGUAAAUGACAAAGCAAGUAUAGUUUGGUUGUGUCGGCAAUUGGCCUUUUCCUUUGGUUCUUCUAGGGUCGGCAGUUUGGUGAUAUCAUGUCAGUUGAUUAUUGUAUUGAUUUGUAUUGAUUAAAUUAAUUAACUUUGGUUAGUUGAAAGCAUUUGUACUGAUACUCCCAAAUCUUUGCCUUGUUCUAGAAUAUUUGGUGUUUUAGAAAUCUAAUAUAUUAUUAAUUGUAUUUUUUAAUAAUGUUUGGUGUUUCUC